AUGACCAGCACAAUUAAAAAUGUCGCCGUUGCAGGCGCAACAGGCAACCUUGGCCCCGCGAUCUUGGAUCAGUUACUCAAGGGUGGUUUUAAAGUCACCGUGCUCACACGACAAGGAAGCACACAUAAAUUUCCCGACAACGUUGAUGUGAAGGUAGUCGACUACGACUCCUUAGACUCCUUGACCGAUGCGCUUGAACGUCAAGACGCCGUAGUGUCGACAUUGGCAGGAGCCGCUUUGACCACACAACUUCCUCUCAUCCAGGCUGCCAUCAAAGCUGGAGUUGAGCGCUUUAUACCAUCAGAGUUUGGAUCCGACACAUCCAACACCAAGGCUGCACAGCUUCCUGUCUUUAAGGACAAGGUCGUCGUUCAGGAUGUGCUCAAAAAAGAGGCCGCCGCUGGUCAUCUAACAUACACCAUUAUCAAUAACGGUCCUUUCUUUGACUGGGGUUUGGCCGUUGGCUGGCUCGCCAAUGCCAAAGAGAAGACUAUUUCUCUUCACGAUGGUGGUAACCGCACCUUCAGCGCUACUACGCUCCCUGCGGUGGGCCAGGCGGUUGUGAGCGUCUUGAAGCAUCCAAAGGAAACCAAGAACAAGGUGGUUCGUAUCCAGUCUGUUGCCCUUACCCUCAAGAAGUUAUCUGAGAUCGCUCAGAGGGCUACGGGUACACCAUGGCAAGAGCAGGUGGUCUCCGUGGACGAUCAAAUAAGCGAGGCUUUCGCGGAGUUGCAGAAGGAGAACCCUGAUCCCAAUGUGUUUAUCAUAAACUUCAUCAAUGCGUCAAUCUUCGGUGACGGGUAUGGAAGUCACUUCAAAACAAACGACAACGAGUUCUUAGGGAUCAAGGAACUGAGCGAAGCGGAUAUUGAAUCCUUGAUUAAAGCUCAUGCACAGUAG